UCUGAGACUUCCACAGGGAGGGUUUCCAGGUCAGUCGAGAAGUCAACAGGUGCAGAAGGGAGGCGGAUGCCUUCUUGGAAAAGAGGUGGAUGGGGCUCAGCAGAGAAGUGAGGCCAAGAAGGGAGAUUCCGGAACAGAAUGUAAAAAGACCUUUCUGCCGGGAGCUUUCCGGACCCAGUUACGUGCAGUACCUAGACUGGUUACCCUGGUAACAGACGUCACGGUUUGUAAAGAAGCCGAGAGAAGAGACCGCACAGGGCACAAGUCAGCGAAAACCUAGGUGCUGGAAAAAGGAAACUACCGGGCAAUCCAGACUCAGACUCAAGAGGCCUAUUCACCUCAAUCAUGGAAUCAUCUUCAAAGGGUCUGCUCACCCAAGUUAAUCAGUUGUGGAACCUCUUAGAUGAUCUCGCUGAAAGUAACCCUGAGAGCUACAAGAAGUUCAUUCAACAGCAGCUGAAAGAGGGCAAACAGCUCUGUGCUGCCCCAGAACCACAACUCUGUCUACAAACAAGAAUCCUGAAACCAAAAGAAAAAAUACUUUUCAUCAACUUAUGUCAGUGGGAAAGGAUUCCAGUUCCACAAUCAAGCACUCAUCCAAUACCUUUAAGUGUUGGCAGACCAGAAGAUAUGUCUGAAACAUCAGAUGUUUACACUGUCAUCGAUGUUGCCUACAACCCUGAUGUUCUCCAGGCAGCAGAAAAGGACCAAGUGAAAAAAGACCAAUUAAUAAGGAUGGCCAUGAAAUGCAUUGAGGAACAAUUCCAGUUCACUCUCUCACACUUUUACCAUAUUACUAAAUUUAAAAUAAAAGGAAGCAUUCAAAGAAUGAAACAAAAUCUGAUGAGAAUUCAAACUGACCACAGGGAUUUAAGAGAGAACAUGAGAAAGGAACUAACCCUUGAACAGAUAAGAAGUAGUAGUGUGAACAAUCCAGAUCACUUCCCUCAACUUUUACUACAAAGAGACCAAGUUUCAGACAAAAAAGGGUGCCUGAUAGAAGAGAUUUCCAGUACAGAGAUUCAGGUGGACAUGGAGCAACCAGCCUAUGAAUUAAAAAUCGUGGCAGAUCAGAAUAAGAAACCACUGAAAAUUGAAUUAAAAGUUGAAUUACCUGGAAUUAAUUCAGUAUCUCUUUGUGACCUUAAUGUUUCUCAGGAUGAUUUAUUGAUUGAGGUUUCUGAGAAGUACAGAUUACAUCUGAAUCUUCCAGAAUCUGUGAAUACUGAAAUGACUACAGCAAAAUUUAUCAAAGAGAAAGCUACAUUAAUCGUCACAAUGCCAUUGGUAGAGAAGGGAAGGGAAGGAGAAACAUCAGUGUGUGAAACAUCGAUUGGUGGUGAUUGGUUGCCUCUCACACACCCCCAACUGGGGACCCUGUCCUUAACCCAGGCUGGAAAUCAACCUGACUGCCCCUCGGUUUUGCAGGACAAUGCCCAGGCCACUAAGCUGUACCAGUCAGGGCUAAAAACAUAAUUUUCUUAAACUUCACCCAAAUUUGAAUCCUUCAAGCAAACAGGAUAAUUUAUCAUGUGAAAAUGGUCUACAGUUGUAUGAUGUCCUAAAAUUAACAAACCUAUCAUAUUCUCAUCUCUGAAAAAACUUGGAGUGCUUUCAUGUUUUCUUCUGCAAAAUCAGUCAAAACUGAUUUCCUGGUUGAACCUCUCUCCUCUUGUACUCUCAUCAGUUACUUAAGUCCGCAUCUAUGUAUGUGUACAUAUUGAUGAAAUGCAUUUCAAGGUCCAACACACUUAAUGAUUAAAUGUUAAAUUAAUAUCUUAAUUAUUUCCCAAAAUAUUUUCACUGAUAUUAUUUUAGUGGAUUUUAUAUUCAUAUAAGCAUCUGUCCUUCCCCCUCCCUACAAAAAGCAAAACUGCCCAGGAGCAUUAACUAAUAAUGAACUGUGAAGUUAAAUUUGAAUCUUACAGACAUCUUUUGGCCUCAAAACUGGAAUUUGAAAUUGACAUAAAUUGUCCUUGAUUUAGAGACCAGUUUUCCAUAAACUUGGUUUUAGAUCAGAUUGUCAGUAGUGAGGGCUUGAUUUUUAAGGCUAGAACCAUGGGAGCUCUUGUCCCUGGACUGGGUGAGCCAGAAGAGAGGAGCAAGGAAAUCUAGGUGCCUAGACAGCUUCCUAGGAAGGCUUUUGGGAAUCUAGGAGAAUGGACCUGGUGAGUACUUUUAAGUCAAGAUGUCGAGUCCAAAAGGUGUUCUAGCUUAUGUGGGAAGACUAGACACUAGAUCCUGUAAAAAAAUUUUUUUGAAGAGCCACAGGAAGCACGGGCAGUGGGAAGCACUCUUGGAAGCAAGAUUCAUAAACUGAGAAGUCUGUGAAAUAAACUGAGGGCUGAAGUGAAACAAUGUCAAGCCAGAGUGAGCAAGUAGAAGGGUGAUUGUUGGUCAGCUUUCCUAAGGGUGUAAAGGACGUGAUUUGGGAAUUGGCAAAUUUGUAUGUGUUUUACCCAGUGAUCUUACUGGAUCGACUUCAGUCCUUGAUCCUUCAUCAAACCUGUAGCGAUUGUCUUUGUGCUUCCUCCCACACUCUAUUGGAAUAGCUCAGCUAUUAUCCACAUGUCAAGUUCAGUGGUAAGUGAAUGUGAAAGCCUCGGAUAUUACUGUACUGAUAAAUAUUUAUCAGGUGAUUUGGAUGCCACGAUUGUUCCAGUAGUCUGCUCGUUGGUUCUCUUCUAUUUGUAUUUCUCCAAUAAAUCCUGCACAGCCAAGAAAAUGCUUUCAUAAAACACUGCAUCAUUCUCUUGCUCAAAAACCUUCAAUAACCAUUCAUUGCCUGUAGAAUAUGGUCAGCCUUCCAUUUUUCCCUCACCUUCCCAUCUCUCUUCCAUUUCCUUCUUUACUCCCUUUCUUCCCUCCUUCCCUUCACUUUAAUUAAAGUAAUAUAUAUGUAAGUAUAUAUGAAGUGCAGAACCUUUUACAAAGUAAACCCACCCUGUACCACACAAAUCAAAGCAGAGAUUAUCAGUUCCCUGGAAGUCUCCCUCUUGUAUCCUCCUGGUCAUUUCCCUCAAGGUCACCAGUCUUUUGAUUUGUCAUCAUACAUUUGUUUUUACCCAUUUUGAACUUCCUAUAAAUGUUAAAAGUGUAAAACUCUUCUCUGGCUUCUUUGUCUGAAUGUUACCUCUGAGAUUUCAUCCAUGUUGUUGCAUGUAGUGGUCAUUUUUUUUUAUUGCUGCAUAGUAAUAUCAUCUUCUAAAUAUUCCACAAUUGAUUUACUUAUUGUACUGUUGGUGACAUUUGGGUUAUUGGAGCUUUUUCACUUUGGGACUAUUAAGAAUGAUGCUGC